AUGACGGGACUGUGUAUCCCGUCCUUCUGUGCCGACUACCGCCAACACUGUUUAAUUGAAACCCCCAAAUCCUGGUUUGAUGCGCAGAGCUACUGCAGAGAGAGAGGCCAUGACCUGGCCACCAUAGACGACAUGGGGGCAAUGAAGUCACUGCUGGCCUUGAAUGCAGACAGAGCUCAUGAUGAGCUGUGGAUCGGCCUUCAUUAUGUGGGUCUUGAAAGGUGGCAUUGGUCGCUGGCAGACAAGGACUUCUACCAAGAGGGAGAGAGAAAUUAUCGUAAUUUCAGAAAAUAUGGCGGAAGGUUUGCUGCUCAACGUAACAUCCAGUGGGACUUGAAAACAGGCGGAAUACUCUGGUUCGUGUGUUAUGAUGGUAACAGACAAGGUGGAGACCGAUAUGUCUUAGUGAGACUGUCGACGACCUGGACCAAUGCGCAGGGUUACUGCAGGAGUCACCACACGGACCUGGUCAGCAUCAGGAACUCAACAGAGAACCAGGCAGUCGCGGAGGCAAGUGUCGGAUUGAGUGUCUGGAUCGGCCUCUUUAAAGAUGCGUGGCAUUGGUCAGAUGGGCGCUACUCCUCCCUUCGACUCUGGGAUCAACAUGCAACCCAACAGCUGCUGAACGUAGCGAGUUUGAGCAACCACAAUAAGAUAGCGUGGAAAACCAAUUCUGAUGGACAGGUCUUCAUCAAGGAGCAGUGUCAGGAAGAAGACGGCGACAUUUAA